UAUAUGUAGGUAGUACAUAUGUAUGUAGUAUACAUGUAAACACUGAAGCAUCGAAGCCCGAUGCAACCAACAUACAUGUGCCCACAUGAAGAAUCUAAUGGACUAACCAGCCGUGUCAAUUUCGGGUUGGUACAGCAGGUCAAUUUUACUACACUUCAAACCAUCUUAACCUACAUACAGUCAGCUCUGGGUCAAAAGCAGACUUACACGUAGUUCAAGUCAAGUCAACAUUGAAUGCUCAAACACGAAAUAGGCAAACGCGGCCAGCUUGAGAUCUUGGCUUCUUUAGCUCUCCCGAAUUCAUUAGAAGCUGGAGUCGCCAUUCCUAUCGUACAUAUAUAUAUCAGCUGUGUAUUGGAUGUGCAUUUGAUGGACUACUUAAAAAGACACAUCGGUGCAUUCCCCAUCACCUCACCUCACCUCGACAAAGUUAUCUAACCUUACCAUUUUGCAACAGAAAAUUGCAGGCCCCACGAAUAUCAUGGCUAAUUAUGCCAGAGCUUCCGAAUCGGAAGACAGAAUCAUCAUCGCCCUAGACUUUGGCACCACAUACUCGGGGAUUGCUUAUACAUUCUGCAAUCCAGGCAAGAAACCGGAAAUCGUCCCGAUCUUAGAUUGGCCAGGACUCAAGGGUCACAGACAGCCCAAGGUCCCAUCAUUGAUAUGUUACGACCCUGAUGAUCCCACCAAGUUCAAAUGGGGUGGGCAAGUUAGCUGGCGGGAUGAUAAGGUCCAGGGAGUGAAGUUGCUUCUUGAUCCUGACCAGCCCCAGCCUUUAUACCUGCCGACAGGAAACAAGAAGCUUGAACUUAAGAAGUUGCCCAAGGAUCCUGUCGACGUUGUUGCCGACUUUAUUGGUGCCAUCUAUAAGCAUGCGCUCUCGAAGAUCGAGUCAGCCGGCAUCAAGGAUUACUUCGACUUUUGCCAGAAGCAGUUCGUCUUAAGCGUACCAGCCGUCUGGUCCGACAAGGCCAAAGAUAGAACUCUUCGGGCUGCCAAGAAAGCCGGCAUUCACCCCGUCACGUUGAUUAAGGAGCCCGAAGCUGCAGCUCUAUACACAUUACACCUACACGAAAGAGCGUUGAACGUUGGCGAUGCAUUCCUUGUUUGUGAUGCCGGAGGAGGCACAGUUGAUCUUAUUACCUAUGAGGUCACUAGGUUGUUACCAACUCUUGAGUUGGCAGAAGUCGUCCCAGGCUCUGGUGGUAUGGCCGGUUCACUCGGACUUAAUACACGGUUCACGGAGGCAGUCCACAACCUCGUAGGGGACAAGCAGUGGGCAACUCUCGAGAAGAGCGUAGGUUGGUUCAAGGCGCAGGAAGAAUUCGAUAAGGUGAUCAAGCUUGCCUUCCGAGGCGACACCGACGAAGAGUUCUACGUCUCUUUCCCCCAGGCCAAGCUCCAAGACGACCCCAUAGAGAAUCUUGUCGGCAAUUGCUGGACCAUGACUGGCAUGGACGUGGAGGAUAUCUUCGAUCCUCUCGUUUGGGACGUGCUCGGUUUAAUCAACGACCAAGUAAAAAAAGCCCAACUAGCACGACGAGGGAAAGGGGUGAAGGGAAUAUUUUUGGUAGGAGGCUUUGGCUCAAGCCAAUACCUUAAAGAGCGCGUCGAGCAAUCUGUCCCCAAUGUCCAGGUCAUUCAGCCGGAUGAUGCUUGGGCUGCUAUUGUCAAAGGAGCCGUCCUAAGUCGAGUCCCAGAACAGGCGGCCGUCACUUUGACCAAGGCAGUCCGCCACUACGGCGUGGAGGCGUGGGCUAAGCUCGAGCCUACCACAGAUCUAGGCCAACCUACGCGAUUCUUCCCUGAUGAUGGAUUUUCACGAGUGCUGAGAAACACGUGGUAUAUCUACUCCGGCGAAGACCUCAAGCGCGACAAGCCCAUCAGGUUUUCCUUCCAGCGAACCAUCAACUGCAGCAAGCACACCGAUGACUCCUUCGUCUUUGAAGACGAACUCAUCUUUUCCGAAUCUACCUUACCUCCUACUCACCCGGGAAAGGAAACUGGGGUCAACUGCACCCUGACGGCAAACCUUGCCAAAGUAGACAAGUCGCUCUUCCCGGUCAAGAGGGGCGCCAAUGGAAAACUCUACUACGAAAUCGAUUUCGAUCUUGUGAUCUCUACCACCACGGCGAAUAUGAAGUUUUCCUUUGAGAUAGGAGGCAAAGAAUUCGGAACCGUGGAUGCGAAGUAUGAGUAGCUAUCUGGUACUUAGGAAGAAUGUGAAGUACUUAUCCAUCCAUUAUAGUAUCAUUAUGGGUUAUACCUAGGUAUCUUGGAUCGGAAAACAAGAAUGAAGUUGAAAGUCGAAGGUUGGGG